CAAAACAUGGUAGAGAUUAUGAUCCUCGGUUUUUUAUCAAAGAAGAUGCGAUUAUGGAAUCGAAUUGCAGAGAUUCCAGAACUACUGUCAUGAUAAAAAACAUCCCCAACAAGUACAGUCAGAAGCUGCUUCUGAACAUGCUGGACAACCACUGCAUUCACUGCAAUGAACAGAUUACCGACGGCAAUGAUCAGCCGUUGUCCGCUUACGAUUUCGUCUAUCUCCCAAUUGAUUUCAUAAACAAGUGCAAUGUGGGUUAUGGUUUUGUGAAUAUGACCUCCCCAGAGGCAACAUUAAGACUCUACAAAGCAUUUCAUAGUCAAAGCUGGGAAGUUUUUAACUCGAGAAAAAUUUGUGAAGUCACCUAUGCUAGAUUACAGGUAUUUUUUCCAAAAACUUUACUUGACCACGAUUUUCGUAAACUGAGUGUAUGUAUAUUUUAUGUGAAAUGGACGAAGGGAAUAGAAGCACUGAGAGAGCAUUUCAAGAAUUCCAAGUUUCCGGGGGAUGCGGAGGAGUACAUGCCGGUGUUGUUUACACCGCCUCGAGAUGGGCUGAGAUUGACGGAGCCAAUGCCAAUAGUUACAGGCGGCUGCUGGGGCGGACGUUCGAUUAGUAGCGGUAGUCCACCGCCGCUGCUUCUAUCUUCAUCAUCUCCCGCUGCCAGUACCGAGGAAUCAGAAUCCAGUUAUGACCAUAAUAUUGAAUACAGUGAAGAUAUGUUAGAAGUAAAUAAUGUCGUCGGUCAUGAUUAUGAGGUUGCGCAUGACAGAAGCAACCCCUCAAACGGCGGCGAUAGUGGAGGCUGCAGCUGCUGACGGAAGAGAAAUUAUAUGGUUUACAGAUUUCUUGAUGGAGUUUGUUCACCAUUAUCGAAGCCAUACUGUUAUUAACUUGCCUUCCAUUCCCCACGCCACGCCACGCCACGCCACCUCCACCCCCACCCUAGCUCUUGUAACCGGCAAAAACAGCUCCCUCAAGCCAAUGGCUUUGCAUGUUGAGUUCCGAGCCACCCAGUCAAGCAACCACAAAAAUUGCAAAAAAAGUUGAACCUUUGUAUUUUGUAUCAUAUAAUAGUGUUGUUAUUAGGUUUCAUUAAAUCAUUUCCAUAUUUUUGUUUUUUUGGGAGACAAUUUGUAGUGAAAUUUACGUUUUUGGG